AUGGCUGCGAUUAUAACGGAGCACACGGUAGCGGAUCUCGUGCGGAGCAAGCUUGGCCUCGUCGAAUUCCUUGAGUCCGCGACUGUCGCCGAGGCGAUCGAGGCUCUGGUGCGAGAGGACCUGGUAGCAGCUCCCGUGUACUCCACCGCACCCCAUGCUGCUGCGGCGCUCGGCUCCCUUGCUCGCACCAUUCUGUCCCUGCCAGAUGACUCUGACGCGCUGUCGCUUACUGCAGCAGCUAAUAAGGCGUACACUGGGACUGUCACCAUGGUAGACCUGCUGCUGCACGUGGCGGGGGGGGAGGAGGAGGAGGGGGAGGGGGAGUGGGAGUGGGAGGGGGAGGAGGAGCAGGAGGGGGACAAGGAGACGGGGAGGGAGAGGGGGAGGCGGGGGGGUGGCAUGUGUGAGUUGGAGACGCCAGUGGGGCAGCUGGUGAGGGCGAGUGAGGAAGGGCUGUCUCUGCUGCUCACUGACUUGAACGCACCUAUCAACACCAUCAUGCGUCCCAUGGCGCAGGGAGUGCAGCGCCUGAUCGUCCCCAUCCACACCCGCCCCUCCUCUUCCAUCCCCUCUGCCUCCUCUCCGCAAGGCGAUGAACCACCACUGGCAGCAUCACUCCCGUCUCACUCGCUUUCCUCUCACUCUCCAUCAGCAAACAUCCCGUUUGCCUCUCCACACUCUCCAUCCUUCCGACCGCCACACUCCUCCCAUGUCUCUCCCUCCCCCUCCUCUCCCCCCUCCUCCUCCCUGUCCCACACCUCUGCCCCUCCCUCUCAGUCAUCUCUCUCCUCUCUCCAUUCUCUCACUUCAAACUCUUCCUCCCUCUUCUCUCACCCCUCCUUCACCUCCCACUCCCUCACUCCCUCCACCACCACCACCACACUCGCCACCUCCCCUCACUCUCUCUCCUCCACCCCCUCUCAGCACUCUCACAAACCCCUCGCUUCUACCAUCGCCUCUCUCUCGUUAGAGCACCUGCAAGGGGUUCCGGAUGCGAUUCCUUACAAGCAGCCUCAAUAUACGCAACAAGCAGGGAGCACUGUACAGCGUUCGGAGUGCAACACACACUACUCGUGCGCGUUUCCAAGUGAUGAUGAAGAGGAGACAGAGGAAGGGGAGAAGGGAGGCGAGGAGGAGGGGGAGACGGACGGUGGAAGAGAGGGGGAAAGGGAGGGGCAAGGAAGAACAACCAGUAACACACACUCUGCCCUCACCCCUGCCACUUUUACUACCACCCCAGCAGAUUCCAACAUCCCUACUGCCACUCCUUCUACCAUUCCUCCUACCACUCCUACCAUCCUUCCCCCCACUCCCACUAGCACCACCUCCCCCUGCUUCCGCUGCCCAGGGGGCAGCUGCACGCCCUCCCGAAAGUUUUUCUGCCCGCAUUUCUGCGUGCUGACUCAGACUGACGUGGCCAGGUGGCUGCUCGACAGGGCGCCUCAGCUGGAGCCUGUACCCUCUGAAAGCCUCCUCGAUUUAGGGCUCAUUCACCCCCGGAUUGUGACUGUCAAGUGCUCUGACAAUGCGUAUGAGGCUCUGCAGCUGCUCCAGUCGUCCGCUGGUGAGUUUAUGUGGGUGGUGGGAAGGAACGGGGAUGUCAAUGCAUUGGCAGUGGUCGACCCUUUCCCUGAACCCAGCCCUUCUCUCCCCUCCUCUCCCCAUCACACUGCCCUCACGUCCCCAGGGGAUGUCAAUGCAUUGGCAGUGGUCGACCCUUUCCCUGAACCCACCAGCCCUUCUUCCUCAAAGUCAACCAAGUCAACUCAAGUCUCAUCUGCUGCCGACCCUAAUCCCCGUGAAAAGCUGGUGGGGCAGCUGUCGAGUGUGGAUCUCCGCGGCUGCACUGCGCAGUUCGCCGCCCGAAAUUUGCGUGGCAUGACGGUGCAAGAUCUGCUGCUGGCAGUGCCGGCCACUGAGAGGUACUGGCGGAGCCGCGAGCGGGGCGAACAGCUGCGACUGGUGCAGCAGAAGCAGGAGCAACAGGAGCAGCAACAGCAACAGCAGGUGAAGGUUGAAACAGCAUCCGAAAAUGCUGCUGUUGCUCCUCCAUCCACUAAGAGAGGCCAGCUGAGGCCGGUGAGCAAGUGCAAGCCGAGUAGCAAUCUAUGUGCGGCCAUGGCGCAGGCCCUGGCUCACAGGAAUCACCGCGUGUGGGUGGUGGAUGACCAUGGGUGCCCGACUGCGGACGAGCCCCUGCUGGUGCGCGCAGCGCGCGGGGAGGCCAUUCCGCGCCCGCCCGCCUGGAUGAUGCGCCAAGCGGGGCGCUACAUGGCCGCCUACCAGAAGCUCUCCAAGAACCACCCCUCUUUCCGGGAACGUUCCGAGACGACGGAUUUGAUCGUCGAAAUCACCCUGCAGCCAUGGCGCGCGUUCAAGCCCGACGGCGUGAUUCUGUUCUCGGACAUUCUGACGCCGUUGGAUGCGAUGGGAAUUCCGUUCGAGAUCGACGAGAACAAGGGCCCAAUCAUAGACAGCCCCAUUAGGACGACGGAGGCGCUCAAGGCGUUGACGCCGGUUCAGCUGGACAAGCUGCACUUUGUUGACGAGUCGCUGAGGCAAAUCCGGAAGGAGCUGGACAAGCUGCACUUUGUUGACGAGUCGCUGCGGCAGAUUCGGAAGGAGGUGCGUGUGAUGGAGGGCUGUCGGGGAACGGGUAGAAUGAGGGGAUUUGGUGGGGCAGAGUGGGGAGGGGGAGGGAAGAGCGGAAGGGUGGGGAGGGGGAGGGAAGAGCUGAAAGGUGGGGAAGGGGGGGGAAGAGCGGAAGGUUGGGGGAGAAGGUGCGAGGGUUUCAAGGCGUUGGCACCCAUUGAGGGCACGGCUGCCCUGCUGGGCUUUGUGGGGGCGCCGUGGACGCUGGCGACGUACUGUGUGGAGGGCGGCACCACGCGCACCUACACCAAGAUCAAGGGCAUGAUCCACAGCGCGCCGGACGUGCUCCGGGCGCUGCUGCAGCACCUGGCCAAUGAGAUCGCGACAUAUGCCGCGUUCCAAGUGGACGCCGGCGCGCAGUGCAUCCAGGUCUUUGACUCGUGGGGCGGGCAGCUGCCGCCCGACCAGUGGGACGAGUGGGCCAAGCCGUACAUCAUCCAGGUUAUCUCCCAGCUGAAGGCAAAGCACCCCACGGUGCCAGUCGUGCUCUAUGCCAACGGCAGUGGCGGUCUCAUGGAGCGCAUGGCCACCACUGGUGCUGACGUCAUUGGCGUUGACUGGACCAUCGACAUGGCCGAUGCACGGGCGAGGAUUGACGGUGCUCUGAAGGCGAGCCCUGGGGGGAGUGCGAAGCCGAGGCUGUCGGUGCAGGGCAACGUGGACCCUGCUGUGCUGUUCGCUUCCAAGGAUGCCGUCACUGACGCCAUCAAUCGGAUUGACGGCGCUCUGAGGGCGAGCCCCGGGAGGAGUGAGAAGCCGAGGCUGUCGGUGCAGGGCAACGUGGACCCUGCCGUGCUGUUCGCCUCCAAGGAUGCUGUCACUGACGCCAUUCACCGGAUGCUGUCACUGAUGCCAUUCACCAGUCCAGGGGGACACAUUCUCAACCUGGGCCAUGACGUGGUGGUGGGGACAUGCUCUGUUCUUUUUUCUACCGGUAACGAUCUGCCGUACUUCUUUCCACCCUUCAUACCCCCCGUGCCCUCGUUCUCAUUCACUCUCUCCCACAGCUGUGUUGCCAAGGCGGGUCCGCGCGGCCACAUUCUCAACCUGGGCCACGGUGUGUUGGUGGGGACACCAGAGGAGAGUGUAUUGCACUUCUUUGAAACGACUCGCGCUCUCAAAUACGCUGAGGAGCCUGUUGUAGCAAAAGCUUAA